AUGACUAUGUACCAGUUAAAGAAUAUGACACUUGUUGCAGAGUUCAUACUGCUGGGAUUUUCUCCCAUUCCACAAUUUAUUCCACUGGUCUUCUGCUUGGUACUCUUGUCAUAUAUACUCACCAUGCUAGGGAAUUUCCUUAUACUUACCUUAGUUUUUCUGAAUAGUAGAAUGCAAAGUCCAAUGUAUCUUUUCCUGGUUAAUUUAGCUGUAGUUGAUAUAUGUUUCAUCAAUACUACAGUACCAAACUUUCUAAAUAACAUCACUAAGGACAGAAAAACCAUAUCUUUAGCCUGCUGCUUAACUCAGUUAUUCUUUUACUUUUUUGUGGGAACUGUUGAAUUUCUACUAUUGGCUGUAAUGUCUAUUGACAGAUACUUAGCAAUAUGCUACCCCCUGCAUUAUGCAGCAAUUAUGAAAAAACGUGUAUGCAUUCAGCUAAUUACUGGCGUUUGGCUUGGUUCGUUUUUCUCUAUUUGUAUUCCUGUAUAUUUCGUGAUGAAACUCAAAUUUUGUUUUCCAGAGAUUGACCAUUUUUUCUGUGAUGUUGGGCCACUCCUGAAGAAUUCCUGCACAAACACAGCACAUAUUGAGAAUUGGGUACUAUUUGCAUCUUCUUCUCUUUUUAUUGUUUCUUUCUCAGUUACAUUCCUGUCUUAUAUGACUAUCAUAAUUACUGUAGUAAAGAUUCAUUCUGCAGGAGGGAAGCAAAGAGUUUUUAGUACCUGCUCUUCUCAUGGCAUAGUUGUGACUCUUGUAUAUGGCAGCUGCAUGUUUAUGUAUUCUAGACCAACAAAACAUCAGGAAUUUUCUUUAAGCAAAAAAGUUUCAAUUCUGAACACAAUAGUUGUUCCAUUAAUAAACCCAUUCAUUUAUACUCUAAGGAACCAAAAUGUCAAGGAAACCAUUGUUGAUGUGUUUUUAAAACUCACCAAGAACUGA